GGAAUGAAGGAAAAUGCAAGUCUAAUAAACGACCUUCUCCUACUAUUCGAUUUUCCCUCUCCCCAAGCACCAUUUUCUUUAUCUGCAACACUUCCAUUCUAUUUUCGAGUUUUUACAAAGAGACUUCAAAAGAAGGUUUAAAGGCUUUCCCCUUCCAUGGUGGAAAUCGCGAAGUUCAUGACAAACGUCAAAACAGAGUUUAAGAAUCUGUUUUCAAUCAUUAAAACGAGAAGAACGGUUGCUUUCUUCUUGUUUGCCUUAGUCGGUUCCACUGUUUUCUUUGCGUUUAGCCCUUCUUCGAACCCUUCUUCUCCUUGGUUUUCAACUUCCGGUGACUCUUAUAGAUCCCGAUUUCCUUCCCUUUUUGAUUACUUUUUUCCCAACACUUCAUCUUCUUCGUUUAGUAACACGUCACAGCGGUUACCCGAAACCCGUUCUCCCAGUUCGAAUAACACCCAGAAUUCAUUCUCGCAUGCAAAUCUUACUAGUAUAAGAAACCAGGGUCAAAAGGAAGAAAUUCCCGAGGGUAAUCGGACUACAAUCGUGACUGAAAACGGUGCCGGUUUAGCUAAUCAGACCGAAAAUUCCCCGGAUAUAUCUGAUUCUUCCGGCAAGACAAGUUCGGAAAACACGAGUUUUCAGCCUCCUAACACGAAUACAAACAACACCCAGACUCCAUUCCCGCCUGCAAAUCCGCCUAGUUCAAGCAAUCAGGGUGAAAUGAAACAGGUUUCGAAGGCUAAUCGGAGCACAACCGUCACUGAAAACUCCACCGUUGUAGCAAAUCAGAGCACGAUUCCUCCUGCUAAAUCUAGUUCGAGGGCGUCUUCUAAUGAAGGGACUGAUAAUUGGGUCGGGUCAUUGAUGAAUUGCGAUUUUUUCGACGGGAAAUGGGUGAAGGAUAAAUCGUAUCCGCUUUAUAAACCCGGGUCUUGUUCCUUUGUGGAUCAUCAGUUUAGUUGUUUUGCCAAUGGAAGGCGUGAUGAAGGUUAUCUGAAAUGGAAAUGGAAGCCUAAAGGGUGCACUUUGCCAAGAAUGAAUGGUGGGCACAUGCUGGAGAUUUUUAGGGGGAAACGAGUGGUUUUUGUUGGCGACUCCUUAAACAGAAACAUGUGGGAAUCUCUCCUUUGCAUCCUACGAGGCGCUGCAAAGAAUCCAAAGAAUAUUUUGGAAGCUCAUGGAAGACAUUAUUUUCGAGGGGAGCCGUCCUACUGUGUCAUCUUCAGUGAUUAUAACUGUACUGUUGAGUUCUUUGUGUCGCCGUUCUUGGUCCGAGAAUGGCAAAUGCCAGAUGGACAUGGAACCAAGAAGGAUACACUCCGGCUCGAUCUCGUCGGAAGAUCAUCCGAUAGAUAUAAAUCUGCAGAUAUACUCGUAUUCAACACCGGGCAUUGGUGGACUCAUGAUAAAACUUCUAAAGGGAAAAAUUAUUAUCAAGAAGGUGAUCAUGUUUACGACGAAUUGAACGUUCUUGAGGCGUUUCGAAAAGCUUUGACGACGUGGGCUAAAUGGGUGGAUACCAAUGUGGAUCCUUUGAAGACCAUGGUGUUCUUCAGGGGAUACUCUGCUGUUCAUUUCAGUGGGGGGCAGUGGAAUUCAGGAGGAGCGUGUGAUACCGAGAUGGAGCCGAUCAGAAACAAAACGCUUAUAAGACCGUAUCUAUCCAAGAUGUUGGUGUUAGAAUCGGUGCUGAAAGGGAUGAAAACGCAUGUCACGUACUUAAACAUUACGAGAUCGACAGAUUUCCGGAAGGACGGUCACCCGUCGAUCUACCGGAAACACUUAGGACAUCGGAUGUCAGACAAGGAAAGAGCCGAAAGUGUAAAGCACCAAGAUUGCAGCCAUUGGUGCCUUCCUGGUGUUCCGGAUUCAUGGAACGAGCUUCUCUAUUCUGAGCUCCUCGUAAAGGAAAUUAAGAUGCGGCAACACCAAGGUAAACUAAACCAUGUUUAACAACAAAUUUACAAAUUGAAGUCACAUAUAAUCUGUACAGAGUUUCGAUUUAUUUGGAAAUUGUUGACAGACAUAAUCAUAACAUUAGAUUCGAUGGUUUUUUAAUUUU